AUGGCCGAGCUGAAGUCCCUGGGCAGCGACCCCUACCUGGCCCUGGCUCAGAGCUACGGCCAGUCCGCCUUCGCCUACGGGCCGGGGCGCGGCGCGGCGGAGAGCCCGCGGGGCUACGCGGGCAGCGGCGGGGCUUUCCACCCCACCCCGCUGGGCAAGUCGGCGGAGAGCAGCGGCGAGCAGAGCGGGGACGAGGAGGACGCCUUCGAGCCGGCCAAGCGGAGCCCGGCGUACGAGCGGGGCGGCAAACUGCAGGCGGGCGCCCUGGGGAAGAAGCCCAAGGAGCAGCGCUCGCUGCGGCUCAGCAUCAACGCCCGGGAGCGCCGGCGGAUGCACGACCUGAACGACGCGCUGGACGGGCUGCGCUCGGUCAUCCCCUACGCCCACAGCCCCUCGGUGAGGAAACUCUCCAAAAUCGCCACCCUGCUGCUGGCCAAGAACUACAUCCUCAUGCAGGCGCAGGCUCUGGAGGAGAUGAGGCGGCUCGUGGCCUAUCUGAACCAAGGGCAGAGCCUCAGCACCCCUCUCCCUGCCACACUCAACCCCUUCGGACAGUCAGCUGUGUACCCCUUCUCGGGCACCGCCCUGCCCAGCUGCCCUGAGAAAUGCACUGCCUUCCCUGGGACAACCUCCACGCUCUGCAAACACUGUAAUGAUAAACCUUGA